CGGACCUUCGACAAGAAAGAAGCUGCAGUCUCCACCGUUAAGAUAUUUAUAAAAACGGGCUUAGAUAUGUUGUCAGACAAAAAGGCGGCUCUCCUGCUGCUGACCGCGAUCACCGCCCUCAAAUUGCAGGAAAUAAAUGCCUACAGGCGCAAUUUCGAUGCGCGGCAAAGCAGUAAUUCCAAUAUUCCACUCUGGAAACAGCGAGCGUGUGAGAAAUCGCAGAAGCAGCGGCAAAAUGCACACUAUGUUUGCGAUGAAAAGGGCGACUUCAAGUGUCUGCCUGGGUGGCAGGGUGAUCUUUGCCAGGUGCCCAUGUGUCGCAGGGGCUGUGACCCCAUGAAUGGUUACUGCCAGCGACCCGGCGAGUGCAGGUGUCGCAUCGGAUACAGCGGCGAGCUCUGCGACAAGUGCAUCCCGCUUCCAGGCUGCCAACAUGGUGGAUGCACCAAGCCAUUCGAAUGCAUUUGCAAGCCUGGCUGGGCGGGACUCUUCUGCACGGAACCAAGUUGCCGUAGCGGAUGCCACAGCACCCGUGGAUAUUGCGAGGCGCCUGGGGAGUGCCGUUGUCGGAUUGGCUAUGCCGGACGCACUUGCUCCGAGUGCGCCACAAUGCCGGGCUGCCAGCACGGCACCUGCAACAAGCCACUGGAAUGCCUCUGCCUGCCCGGCUACACCGGUCUUCUGUGCCAGACGCCCAUCUGUGAUUCAGAUUGCAGCAAGCAGCACGGAUACUGCCGAAAACCCGGCGAGUGUCGCUGCAAAGUGGGCUGGACGGGCAGCCAGUGCGACAAGUGCUUCCCGUAUCCGGGUUGUGCCAACGGGGAUUGCGAGGCGCCGUGGGAGUGCAACUGCCAUCCCGGCUGGGGCGGAAUGCUGUGCGAUGAGAAGCUCACCUACUGCGUGGAGCAUCCGGACACGUGCGAAAACGGGGGCAAGUGCACAUCGCUGAGCCGCGAGGAUGGCAGCUACCAGUGCCAGUGCCGGCAGGGAUUUCUGGGCAAGAACUGCGAGAUACGCGAUGACUUUCUGCUGACCUCGGAGGCGCCGCCGCGUAUCACACCGCCCACACCCGCCGCACUCCAGCUAGAACUAGAUGGCGAACUGGACCAGAACGGGCAGCAGGACGUCGUCGGUACAGGUGUGCCCGAUGACAGCGCGCCAGGAGGCGGUCUGGUUGGGGAAAAGUUGCCGGCGGGUAACGAGCCGGAGCGCCGGAAAAAUGACACCACAACCGCAGGAGCUGGAGUGGGAGUGGGAGUGAGAGUGGGAGUGGGAUCCAUGAAUCCAGUACCCGGCAACACGAACGCCACAAGGACGACAAUGAUGGUGGCUGGAACUGGAACUGUCAGCCACAAUGCGACUAAUGAAGCGUUAAGCGACGUUACAACGAGGCGUGCCACCCCGAUUCCCCACACAUCCGGCGAAAAAGCCGGAAAGGGUAAUGCAACAAGUGUGGUGGCAGCGAAUGGACCCUCCUCGUCCAUCAGCACCAGCCAGGAGCAAACAAUAGUAAACUUGGCGCCAGCUGCAACAGGAGCAGGAGCUGGAGCAGGAACAACAACAGCAGCCACAUCCGUGACCAGCCACAAGGAUAAGCCAAAUGUGGCGGACGCGGAGGUGGAGGAGGAGGAGGAAGAUGACGAGGAUGAUGAGGAGGAUGAGGAUGGCGAGUACGAUGAGGAGGAGGAUGAGGACGAGGACGAUGAGGAGGAUGACAGCGAUCAACUCAUACCAAAUAUUAUAUAGUUAAGUUGC